CUUACCCGCCAAUUAAUAUUUAUAUUUAUAUCGACGUCGACAAGAGAGAGCGAUGGCGUCACCGCCGUCCUCGUCCAAGAUGCAUGCGUCUCCGUCAAAGGGCCCAACUCCCUCAGCGGCUCUGACGUCUGCAAAUAGGACGUACGACGCAAAGCUCGUGCAGCGCGAAAUGCUGCGUCUCGGAACACUAGCAGGUCAACUCCCUGCUGCGGCGUUCAACACUAUUGCUGGCACUACUGCUGCAGCGCUUAACUCUGCUAGUACACUUGUACUGCCAUCAGGCGGUGUCGCACCCCCGGGCGCCGCUGGUUCAACACACGGACACGGACAUACACUUGGUCAUGCACUUGGACAUGGUCAUGGUGGGACUUCUAAUAUGGGGAUUGCGAUGGGCGGAAGUGAUGCGUGGGCUCAGUUACAUGUCCAUGUUCUUCCUUUAUUUAAUCAUGAGCAACUACAGUUUCCAAUAGAAGAUCUUAACUUACUCGUCCGACGACAUAUCGAAGCAGUAACAUCCGCCGGACCAGCUCGCGCACUCUCAACGCUCGAAGUAGACAUAGCCGAACUGAUCGGCGCCGGUAUGACAACCCUCAACACCAAGCUCUCAGGCGUCGACGACGACAAACUCCCCGCACGGGUCGUCGAGCUCUGGACCUUCUUCUGGGACCAAGUCCUCCCAUACGUCGAGGGUGUAUUCAUUCCCCUCCAAACACACCCUUUACUUCUCGCGCUCCAUCGCACUCCGAAAUCGCAUCGUCCUGCAAGUCCGACAACGCUGACAAGUCCUGAUGACCCCUCAUCCGGAGCUCCUAGUACUACGUUAUCCCCUAUUGACGUACGAACCAUUGCACUCCGUGCGUUCCGAGAUAAGAUCAUUGUACCCGUUGCGUCGCGGCUUGAGACACGACUCAUCGCUAUGCGACCUGGUUCUUCCUUUUCGUCUUCGACUUCGACGAGUGUAACCGUACCCGGGACGAAUAUGAAUAAUAGUACUGCGGAGACGACGACUUAUCAGCACCCGAGGUUACAGCAGAUGUUGCUUGUUCUGCACUCGCAGGCUCAGAGAUCACGUGUUGCGUUGAGUAUUAAUUGUCCGACACCUCAGCUCUCCCCGCAAGAACUUGUGAUUCGGAGAUUGUUGGAUGCGUUACAGUCGCAUCGUGCAGCGCUUUCCGGGACGGGUUCGUCGCUGAAUGGGAAGAGUGGUGGUCCGCUGAGCCCACCCCGACAUCGCCGCGCACCGAGCUUCCUCUCAGGCGGAGCACCGCGGGACCGACGAGGUCGAGUCGGGAUUGGGCUUAACGCCGGUGCAGAUUCGGAUAAAGAGAACGCGAAAAGACGAGGCAGAUACAUUGACGAUGCGACGUAUCCUACACCCGGCCCCUCCGGUUCAGUGAACACCGCAUCUUCCUCCUACACUAUAGGCGAGAACAGCAGUGGGAUUAACAAACACCGAUUCGGGAGGUACGUGACCUCCGAUUGGGACGAAGAUGCAGAAUGGGAAAUGGGACAUAAGGGUACACCUGGAUCGGGGAGUUGGGAUGGUAGUGGGACUGGAGGAGGGACGACUCCUCGAGGGAGGUUUAGUGCUGAACGCGAACGGGAUCGGACUUUCUUAGAAUCGUUGAGAAGCCCGAAUCCUGUUGAUCAUGAUCAACCUUCGUCAUUUACAAGUUUCGUGCAGAUUGAGAAUGGGAGUGGGUUGAAUGGGUUGAAUGGAGGAGCGAACGUGGCUCCGGUUGUACCUGGAAGGAGAGAAGAUUCGUUACCUGUACCGAGACCUACAGCGAGAGACGAUGUUUUCUCUUCUGCACCUCAAACUCAUACAGUGAACGGGAACGGACACGGACAUACAAACUCUGGUGAUAAUCAUUUAGAUUGGGACUCCGCUCAGGCAGUCGUCGAACGAAUGAUCGGUCUAAACGCUGGAGCGCGUUCUGAAAGUCCCUCACAUGCACACGGUCACCUCCAUUCACAUACACCCUCUCCCGCUCCCGCUCUUCCUGGUCCUGCACCUCCUCCUCCGUCAGCUGGUCCACCUAGUCUUGUGCAUACGCAGGGACCGGGUCAAGGACCAGGACCGCCUCAGGCGGACUCGAGGAGGAGACGUAUGACGUAGAAGGUUUGGUUUGGUUCGUAGUUUGCACGGUGCUGCUGAGAUGGAGAUCUAGUUGGUUGGAUUGGCUUGUUUGCUUAGUUUUCACUUCACACGUUUUCAUUCGUUUCUUGCUUGAAUUCAGAAGGGGUCACGUAUGUCGCUCUUUGGCGUCGUAGUCUUGCUGAGUCUCCUCAUUUCUCCACCGCGUACUCCAUCCUCACCACCCUAUCUCAAUUUUUUUUUCUGAUUGAAAUCUCACUCUGAAAUCUCACAAGCAUAUAAC